CCCCGCCCCACUCUUUGCAGGACGUCACAGCGGACUGCAGGGUCCUGAGCAGCCGCCGCCGCUGUAGCUGCCGCGCAGCCCCACAUCAGCUCACGGGGCCCGUCGCUGCCCCUGCCAGAAAAAGUCGUCGCCCCUAGGAUCUCCAUCGCAUCAGUGCAGGGCAAGAUGGCAUCUGCCACAGACUCGCGCUAUGGACAGAAAGAAUCCUCUGACCAGAACUUCGACUACAUGUUCAAAAUCCUCAUCAUUGGCAACAGCAGCGUGGGCAAGACGUCUUUUCUCUUCCGCUAUGCAGACGACUCCUUCACGCCGGCCUUUGUCAGCACUGUGGGCAUCGACUUCAAGGUCAAGACCAUCUACCGCAAUGACAAGAGGAUCAAGCUGCAGAUCUGGGACACAGCAGGACAAGAGCGGUACCGGACCAUUACCACAGCCUACUACCGGGGAGCCAUGGGCUUCAUCCUCAUGUAUGAUAUCACCAAUGAGGAGUCCUUCAACGCCGUGCAGGACUGGUCGACCCAGAUCAAGACCUACUCGUGGGACAAUGCCCAGGUGCUCCUGGUGGGGAACAAGUGUGACAUGGAAGAUGAGCGGGUUGUGUCAUCGGAACGUGGUCGGCAGCUGGCCGACCACCUUGGGUUUGAGUUCUUUGAGGCAAGCGCCAAGGACAAUAUUAAUGUCAAGCAAACCUUUGAGCGCCUGGUGGAUGUCAUCUGUGAGAAGAUGUCCGAGUCUUUGGACACAGCCGACCCCGCAGUCACGGGCGCCAAGCAGGGCCCACAGCUGACUGACCAGCAGGCACCCCCACACCAGGACUGUGCUUGCUGAGAGCUGCCGCCCAUCCUGGCCCCACCCCCCUGCCCAUCCCCUGGGCCUGACCCAGUCCCCACCCACAGUGGGCACAAGACUCCUGCCCCCACUUAGCCAGUCAUCCUUAUUUAUUAUCGUAGCUAUUUUAUUUAUUUAUUGGAGAUGUCCCCCAGGGGCUUGGGCGCCCCCCACCACCCCAUGCCCUGCCCUGCCCUAUACAUACAACUCUGUCCCUGAUCUGCUGUGGCGUGUGUUGUGGCCCUGUGAACUCACAGCUCACCUUCCUCUUGAGACCCCACCUUUUUUAAGAUUCAGCAAGUUAUCAGCUUUGAAGAGGGGGCCAGAUGAUACCCCAGGGCAUGCUGAUCAGCUGAUAGGAGGUAGCCAGGCCUGCUAUACACCAUGGCUGUGGGAUGGCAGGCAGAGGCUACUGAGGGGGUCUUAGCAUGGACCAAGGGGUGGGUCAGAACCGGGUAACAGCCUGCCUGGCUCCUCACCCCCAACAUUUUACUUUUUGGAGGUGGUGGGGGGCUACUGUAGGUAUCACCACCCUGGGACACCCCCCUACACCAGACCUGAGUGUCAAACGUGCCCCCUGUCCCCCAGGAGAUGUCAUGACAACACUACACACACCCAAUAAAGUGAAUGGACAAGGCCA